GAGAGAGAGAGAGAGAGAGAGAGAUAGCCUAUUUUGACCGCCUUUGUCUGCUUCGGAUCUGGGGUUUUCUCUCUUUCUCUACAAGAUUGAAGCACAAACUCUAACUUUGGGCCCAUUACAGCAUAUGGAGUGUGGCUAACUUUUUAUUCCAUUAUUCAAAAUGCAGGGUUUUGUUAGUUUUUGUGAUUAAUUUUGAGAUUGACAGCCUGGGUUUCGGAAGGAGUCAAAGGUUGAGGCUUUUUUAGUGAAAAGGGCAAGUUAGUUUGCUAUUACUGUGGACUCUGUAUGUCUUCAUUUGCGAGUUAUAACUGGAAAGUGUUGUUUACUUGCUGAAGUUGGAUAUCUUUAUCGUCGAUGCUCGCAGUGCUCUGUACUUUAUCAUGUAAAAAAAGGUUAAUUUUGUAUGAUGGGUUGGAUUUGAGGUUUAAUUUCUUUUAGCGGUCUUGUUCUUGUGAAUCUAUUUUGGGCUUUAAUUGUUUAGAGUGAGAAAUUGAAGACAUCAGACUGGCUUUGGUUGCUGGAAAUAGAUCAAAUGGCUCCAAGAGAUAGAGAUUUUGAGGUUGAUCUUGAAAGUGGGGUGAGAAAUAGUGUUGAAGAUUCAUGUAAAGAUGCAGGUUCAGGAGUAAAAACACCAACAAAGCCGUUGCUUGCUAAUGUAUGUGGGGCAUUCGCCGAUGGGACAGCCAAUGGUGAAGAGAGGGUAAAUUUGUGUGGCUACGUGUCAGACUCUGGUGGUGGUUCUGCAGACCAUGCGAAGUUGGAGGGUGAAAUAUCUGUUGAUCAAGUAGAGAAGAAAAUGGUAAAGGAGAAGCAUAAAAAAACGAGCAAUAAAAAGCCUCCUAGGCCUCCACGAGGUCCAUCAUUGGAUGCUGCUGACCAGAAGCUGAUCAAGGAGAUUUCUGAACUAGCCAUGUUGAAACGUGCAAGGAUUGAGCGGAUGAAAGCCUUGAAGAAAUUAAAAGCUACGAAGCCGUCAUCCAAUAACAAUAUAUUUGCCAUAGUGCUCACCAUUCUAUUCUGCCUUGUGAUUCUCUUUCAAGGAAUGUCAUCCAGAGCUACAUCUGCAAGCUCAAUGGGAUCUCCUGUUUCAUCAGAGACAGCUGGUGAUGGUUUAAUUUCAGUUCAAUACUUUGGGAAUCCAUCUGCAAGCGAGUCUAAUGGACCUGGGUCUGGAUAUCCGAACUUCAUAGAAACAAUUGCUGGUUCAGAUCCUCCCAAAAAUCCAAGAACUGUGCGAUGAGUGGGGAAAAGAAGACAGUUACUGUAAUCAAGCUUGUAUUGUUGAAAGAAAUUUAACUGCUUUCUUGCACUUCUCAUGCAAGCCAUAUGCUUGCACUUUUUGUACCAGUAUCCCUCCAAGAUCGAAGUUUGUCGGGUAAUUUAUCCCUUACAUGCAUAGUGUUUGGAAUGAGUUAGAUUACCGAAAAAGUUUACUGGUGGAUUUUUGGGGAAAAACAGUUUAGUGCUGUGGCCUUUUAGGUUGAGCCAGUUAUGAUAAUUUCCCUCCUUACAGCAGACUUACUGUAUAAUUCUCCAUAAUGAAACAAAGGCAGGUUUGUUUGUGAA